CUUGCGAGCUAGAGAGAUGGCGGAACUGGACAUCGGACGGCACUGCCAAGUGGAACACUGCCGCCAGCGAGAUUUUCUUCCAUUUGUAUGUGAUGGAUGUUCAGGAGUAUUUUGCCUUGAACACAGAAGCAGGGAGUCUCAUGGUUGUCCUGAGGUGACUGUAAUCAAUGAGAAAUUGAAGACAGAUAAACAUAAGUCUUACCCAUGCUCAUUCAAGGACUGUGCUGAAAGAGAACUUGUGGCAGUUAUAUGUCCUUAUUGUGAGAAGAAUUUUUGCCUGAGACACCGCCAUCAGUCAAAUCAUGAAUGUAAAAAACUGGAAAUUCCAAGGCCUCGUAUGGCUGCCACUCAGAAACUUGUUAAAGAUAUUAUUGAUUCCAAGACAGGACAAACAACAAGUAAACGACGGAAAGGUGCAAAAAAUACUGAAACAGCUGCAAAGGUUACACUGAUGAAAUUAAAGAUGCAUGCUGAUGGGGAUAAGUCAUUGCCACAGACAGAAAGAAUUUAUUUUCAGGUUUUCUUACCUAAGGGGAGCAAAGAGAAGAGCAAACCAAUGUUCUUUUGUCACCGAUGGAGCAUUGGAAAGGUCAUAGACUUUGCUGCCUCUCUAGCCAGUCUUAAAAAUGACAACAACAAAUUAACAGCUAAGAAAUUAAGGUUGUGUCAUAUUACUUCAGGAGAAGCCUUACCCUUGGAUCACACUUUGGAAACCUGGAUGGCUAAGAAGGAGUCUUCUUUAUAUAAUGGUGGAAGUGUUAUCUUGGAAUAUCUUAAUGAUGAAGAACAAUUUUGUAAAAAUGUCGAAUCUUACUUGGAAUAGUCAUUCAGUGACUCUAGACAGAAAUCACAGUGAAAAUUGUAUGUACACAUUGAAUUCAAUUUCUUUUAACACACAUGCUAUUUUUAAUUUAUUUUAUUUUUAUUUUUA